UGGGGCUCCCAUCUCCUUGUGAUGGCCUUAUGGGUUGGGAUUGGAGUAAAGCUCCAAGUUGGGGGUGACCAGAUGAAGCCGGCCCGUGCACCUCUGAUCCCCCAUCGGCCUUUUGUUGUAGUGUGGAAUGCACCUACGGAGUCCUGUCGCCUUCGAUUCAAAGUAGACCUGGACCUCAGUGUUUUUGAUAUCUUAGCAAACCACAACGAAACCCUCAGUGGACCAAAUGUCACCAUAUUCUACCACAGCCACCUGGGAUACUACCCAUACUACUCCAACUCUGGGUUCCCCAUUAAUGGUGGCUUGCCACAGAACCAGAGCAUCUCCAAACACCUGAGUAAGGCCCGGACUGACAUUGACAAGCUUAUCCCGCACAAGGAUUUUCGAGGCUUGGGUGUCAUUGACUGGGAGAACUGGAGACCACAGUGGGUCAGAAACUGGGGCUCCAAGGACAUAUACCGCAACAAGUCCAAGGAACAAAUCCGGAAACUUCACCCAAACUGGCCAGAGAGCAAGGUAGAGAAAGAAGCAAAGGAAAGUUUCGAAAGAGCCGGUCAAGACUUUAUGAAUCUGACCUUAGCACUGGCUGAGGGCCGCAGGCCCAAUGGGCUGUGGGGGUUUUACCUGUUCCCAGACUGCUACAACUAUGGGUACAAGCAGCAUCCACAGCAGUACACUGGUGAAUGUCCAAAUGUCGAGCAUGUUCGCAAUGACCAUCUGAUGUGGCUGUGGAAGGAGAGCUCAGCCCUCUACCCAUCCAUCUACCUUGACUAUGAGCUAAAGUCCUCCCCCAACACUGUCAAGUUUGUCCACUAUCGAGUCAAGGAAGCCAUGAGGAUUGCGUCUAUUGCCCGUACAGACUUCACAUUGCCUGUGUUUGUCUACUCCAGACCUUUCUAUGCCUACACUUUUGUGGUUCUUUCUGAGAGUGACCUGCUUCAUACCAUCGGGGAGAGCGCUGCUUUGGGAGCAUCAGGCGUCGUCCUCUGGGGAUCAUCAGAAUACUCUCGAUCACAGAGGAACUGUCUGACAGUGAAGAAGUAUAUCGACGGCCCACUGGGACAUUAUGUUAUCAAUGUCACAUCAGCUGCUAAGUUGUGCAGCAAAGCAUUGUGCAAGAAGAAUGGCAGGUGCGUUCGCAAGAGCCUCGACUCAAACGCUUACCUGCACCUUAAUCCACGCUUCUUCAACAUCCACCGCAGGCCGACACCAAGGGGCCCCCUUUUCCACGUCAGCGGUCACCUCAACAACUAUGACAUCCUGGACAUGAAGAACAAGUUCACCUGCCAGUGCUACCAGGGCUGGACGGGGGUCCAUUGCGAGAUGCCCCAGGCCCCGCCUCCACCUCUCCUGCCUCAGCCUGCCAUCCCUCUGCCUCACCCCCACGAGAACGGGCUGUUGGGGGAUAUCUUGCUCCUCCUAUCCCUUCAUUUCUCUUGUCUCUGCAUCAUUAUCUUCCUGGGUCUUUGUCUGAUUAUUAAGUGUCUCAAGCUGUAGCCAACAAGACUCAAGCCAUUGUGUGUUAGCUCACAGUGUGAUCAGCUGCAGUUUCAGCUGCAGUUUAUGUCCAAUAGAUGUUGUUUCAAUAAAUCUCAGACUUUCCUGAAAAUAAUAGGCAUACCUCCAACUUCUCGAAUUCACUUCAUCUAAUGUGUACCUUAGUGGUGAACAUUUUUGACUUAAGGAAUAUUACACACAACCCAGCAGACUGAACAUUGUUUCCCUGUAAAGUCUGAAACUUGCCCAUUUGCAAUGGAUAAUGUUAAAGAUUUAACGGGUUAGGGUUAGGGUUAGGGUUAGGGUUAGUUUUUAUGGACAGUGGUUUUUAAAGUCCAUAAAAUCUUUAAAAACCACUGCCACCACAAUAACCUUUAAGUGUUUUAUCCAGACCCAGGAUUUGGUGAAAUUAGGCCCAUAAGAAGGUAGACAGAGAUCUCUCUCUUUAUCCAUGUCCCUCAGCUUGAUCGGGGCCCCAACCCACAUCAAAUGAAUUCUUUAGAACCAGUGCCUAAACUGCAGGCUCCUUCGGAGCGUAUCACUCUGUCCAUCAGGCUGAGCAGAAACAUUACAGGUCUCUGUUUGCCGAGUGUGUAGAUGUACUACCUCUGUUGCUGCUGAAAACUGGAAGGAGAAACGAGGGGGAGUGAAUUAUCAUUCAGAGGUUUCUGAUUUCACAAGUUUCUAUGGAUGGUUCAAUACCUGUGAUUCUUUUUUUGCUGUGUCUCGUGUUGAUCCAUUACACCGGUGGUGAAUCAUUGUCUGUUGCUGUUAAAUUUUUUACAUGAAACUGUAGAACAUCAGAGGAAGCGGUCUACACGUAUACCCACGAAGGUUGUUGCCAUUUUGGAUUGUGUUGACCACAAAGGCAGAGAAUUGAGUUUUAUGAAGAUCUUUGUGAUCUGCAUCACCAGCUUGUCCUGUCGGUACCGCUGUCACCUAACAAUAAAGCUGCAGUUUGACACAAAAAAGAAAGAUUCAAUGUACCUUGGUUUUUAACAUGUUUACAAAUAGCUGUUCAGUUGAGUUGAAGCCUGAUAUUUAGGCAUUGGACUUCUUGUCGUUUGCACUCGUCAUUUUACAUUUGAAAAGCAGUUAAAGAUCAAAGAAUCCUGGCCUAGCCUAAGAAGAAUCCAAACGUUGGAUAAUGAUGUACUUAGCGCUUGCCACAUGUGACUGGAUCUCUCAGGCCAGAUGUUAAUAGAAUGUGUCAUACUGCUAUGACACAAUUUUUCACCAAACGCAGACACCAAGGAAAGAGGCACCCUAAUUUGGACACUGCUCACUAAUUGUGAAGAAAGAGCUGCUCAAGUCCUCCAUUGUUAGCCAUUGUUUUUUCUGAUGCUGGAAAGUCCAGAAGAAAACACAACAGCACACUGUGACUACAGUACAACUUGUGCAACAGUUGCUGUUGAGGGGAGCGUUUUGGGGCUGUAAACUUCAUUAGUCUUCUUUUAAUCUACUGCAUUUGUCUUUUUCACUGGCAUUUAUACAUGAUUUAUUUAGUGUAACUUGUUUUUAUGUGUGUGUGUGUUUACAGCCUAAAUAAAAGAGAUAAAUAGAAGAAAUCACUCUCGUAAAUGUCUGAGUAGCAAAGAUAUUUGUGAUGAUUUAGAGAACACAUGAGAGAAAAACUGCUGUAUUGUCUUCAGCUGGAUGACAAACGAGAGGUAAAAGUAUAAAAACCUAAAAAAAACAAUCAGUAAAACAACAGAGCCCUUCAGAAGACAUUUAAUUUGAUCCAAAGUCUCAAUCGUUAAUUUGGGAUAAUGACUGUUAUGAGGCUGACAUCACAGCCAGCCCUCGAUCAGGCUGCUGAGUGCAGAUGAAGUUAUGUGGUGACAGUGUGUGUCAAAUGAGUCACAGUGGGCCGUGGCAGGAUGGGUCACGUGACCAAACAACACAACAAUAGUCCCUGUGUUUGUCUCAUGGGAAAGCGAAGAACAACCCUAUGUCAAAUGCUGUUUCUGUUGAUGAGAGAACGGAGCAGCAAGCUUCUGUUGCGACUGGAGGUUCGAGUUUCACGUCUCUUCAAUAGAAAAACUGUCAAAGUAGAGUCAACAGGGGAUCAGAGGAAGUGUUGAAGUCAGCUGAUUCCUCAACAGCUCAAACUGAUCUGGAGCUUGAGAGACCCGUCACUAAUCUGCUGCUGCUAGAGGAUCAGAAAGCUGCAAGUUUUUUACCUGUAGAUUAACUGUGGGGCUGUGGGUUUGGUAAACUCCUCACCUUAUUUACCUUAGUAACCAAAACGUCCAACUCUAUAAUGAUCCUUCAUUUGCUUCAGCUGUGUUGCAUAUAUAAACCCCACCCAUGAAGGUAUUCAAGGAGAGUUGCAAUCAUAGGAAAGACAAAGGAGCCCCCGCAAAAGCUGAGAAAUUAGAUCAUUUCAUCACACCUGAAGGGCCUUGGGUAUAAGAAAAUUUCCAAAAAAUGUAAUAUUCCAAGAGACACCAUUGGAAGCAUUAUAAGGAAGUUUAAAAGGUAUGGAACAGCUUCAUACCUGCCUGGCCGUGUAAGAAAGCCCAUCAUUUCAUCAAGGGCCCUUAGCAACUUAGUCAGAACAACUAAGAGAAACCCUUGUGUGACUACAAGACACCUACAGGAUGACCUGAUGAAGGCUGGUACAAGUGCGUAAGUGGCAACUAUAAGACGUGCACUGAAUAAACAGGGAUUUCAUGGCCUGACUCCAAGACGCACUCAGCUCUUGACCACAAGGAACUUCAAAAGUCGACUAGAAUAUGCCAGGAGGAACUGGAUAAGUCUACAGAGAUUUGGGUGACAGUUGUAUGGACUGAUGAAACCAAACUAGAAGUAUUUGGACAUAUGGACCAGCUGUAUGUCUGGCGUGUGAAAGGCCAGGCGUAUGACCAUAAGAAUUCCAUCCCCACGGUCCAGCAUGGAGGUGGGUCAAUGAUGAUGUUGGGCUGUUUUUCUGUGGCAGGAACUGGGAUUCUUGAUUGUAUACCUGGCAUCAUUGAUCCUCCAAAAUACCAGGCCAUUUUAAGGAGGAAUGUGAUGCCUUCUGUUGACCAAUUAAACCUUUGUGAUCAUUGGACUUUCCAGCAAGACAAUGUCCUAAGCCCACCUCCAGAUUUA